CAUACGCACCAAGGAGAACGGGGUACAGUACUAGUCAUCAGUCAAGGCUUGUCGUUCUUGCAUCUACACGGUGACCGAGGCAGCUUACACCAUGGAGAGUCCACAACGGGCCCAGAAAGAAAUGGAAGACAGUUUCAAUUGUCCAAUCUGCUUGGCCCCGCGACUGAGAAUGGUGACAGGCCUGUGCCAGCACCGUGUGUGUGAGUCCUGUCUGUACGACGACUCGGGGACUCUCAGUUUGAAGUGCUGCCCGGUCUGCCAAGAGGAGGGCUGCUUCCGUCAGAAAAGACCGAUCAUCCCUGAGGACUCCAUUCUGGCGCAGAGACAGCUGGGCGUGGUCACCUGCCCUAACGACGGUUGUCAGGAGGAGUUGUGGAAGUGGGAAUUGGUGGAACAUCGGAGGGUUUGUGCUCACAUCGCAGUGGUAGUUGUCCUGGACUCUCCCGACCCUCCCGCACCACGCGUCCGUCCGAGGGUGACAGUACAGGAACCAGAGAGACCUCGCAGGUUUUUCCGUCUGUUAAUUGCCCAGACGUCAGCAGCCCGUGGUGAGAACAACCCGGACGUCGGCACGGCGGCUGGCCCUAGCCCGGCAACAGCGCGGGGAGGGACCGAGAACGCCGGGGAGGCUGACGCCUGGACGCCGGGUGGCAGCAGCGCGUCACCGGACGCCUGUCCGCGGUACUGCAACUCCGAGAACACCCAGGAGAUCCAAGAGGGUAGCAUGGAGAAUGUAAUGAUGGAAUGAUGACCC